UUUAAUUUUCACUGAUUCUUGUGUUUUUAUGUUUUUAUUAAUUUUGUUUUCAAUUGGUUUACAUUUAGAAAUUUAUUCUUAAUUAGUUAAUAGGCUAUGCAGAAAGAAAGCCAUAGCUCUGCAGUAGGGACACGAAUAUGGAAUUUUAUAGCAGAAGAGGAAAUGGAGAAGAAAACUUUGAUUUAUUUCUUAAUGUACUUACAGCUGAGAAUCUUUAGGGAGUUUUGGAUGCAUGUUAAGUGUUGAAAACAUGUCUGAUGCCCCACUCACCCCUGUGACACUGCCAUCAGUCCAUCCUGUUGUCUCGUGUGCUGCAUGUGCUGCUGCAGUGCCCCUGAGCCCUGUGCUGCACAGACCCCUCUGUGCUCAGCCAGGUGCUCACAGCCCUGGAGCUCUGCUGAAGCUUUUGCAGGAGCAGCUGGGUUGGAAAGAGGUAUCUUGUGGUAGGAGAGUUUUUUGUGAGCAGCUCGUGAAUUUUAGUCACUUGCAUUCCAAGUGGGCUCUUGUUGAGUUCAGCAGAAGUGAGGAAGCUGAACCAGAGAGGCCCAGGUGAGGCUGUGUUGGGUGUGGGUGGAUAUUAAUGUUGGUUUAGCAGGAAAUGUGAGCCCUACAAAAGCAAGGGGCUUUAAAAAUGGUUACCAUGUUUUGAGCUACACUUAAAUAAGAGUGAAAGCCUAAGGAGCAUCUUAUAGUAGAAGCUUUUAGUUUUAAUAUAACUGCCUAACUUUGAAAGAAAUGGGAGGAAUGUUGGUGGUUACUCCUGCUGCUUCCCUGCUGCUGUCUCACCCUCUUGUCUUACUGGGAUAUGAGAACAUGUGGCAUUUGGAAUGCAGACCAGGCAGCAAAAUGUAGGGGCUGAUUUCAGCUUUUUAUGUUAACAGCUAUCAUGGGAGAGAAUUCAUCUCCAUUUUGCAAUAUCUUUGUUUACUGGGAUGGAGGAAUAUCUGACUGACAUGAUGACAAUUUUCCUAAUUACUUUUUUCACCAGAAAUGUUGUAGAACAAGUUUUGUCCACCUUUUGGACAGGAAGCAAAGGGCUUGCCAGCCACCCCAAUCCAUCUCCCAGCAAAGCAGCUGCUGGGUUCUCAGAGGAUAGAGCUAGGGAUUGUGCACAGCAUGGAGUGCUCCUGUAGCAUGGCCAGGAUUGUCCCAGCUGAAGGCUGAGGGAGACCUGGACAGCACCCUGCAGGUAAAGGGGAGUUGGUGAGUUACAAGGUGUUAUUUUGGGGUGGGAGUGGGCCAGAAUUGCUCAACAAAUUUGUCAACAGGUGAGUGUGGAAAGCUGUAUAGCCUGUUAGCAUUUCUGGUAUAUUUGUGUAGAAAUGCUUCUUGGCAUAUCUCAGGUAAGAACUGAUCCCAUUCCCUAGAGAACAGGCACCUUCCCUGUUGUUUGUGGACAGUUGUGGUGGGGCCAGGGCUGCCCCAGAUGCAGUCCUGCAGGAUGACCCUGCUCCUGUGUUUUCCUUGCUGGUGCUCAGCCCCUGUCCCUGAGUUACCUCCAGCAUGAAACCACCUCCACACAGAGAGUCUGGCAAGUCUGCUCCUGUCCUCAGGCAACCACUGACCUGAGCAUGCCAGGGACAAUGUUUGCUGGAGUCUGGGAAGGAUGAGGGCCACUUUCCCCACUGUAAUUCCCUCUCCCUGAUCUGCCGUUCAUGCAGGAACAGAAGUCCUUUGGGGUCAGCUCUUAGUGCUGCUGUUUCAGGACUUUGUUCUCCUGCCUUGUGUCCAUCCCCUGCUCAGGAGAGCUGUGCUGCCUCACUGGCUUGUUCUGAUGUCCAGUGUUGAACCUGGGGACCUUCUGUAAGCAGUACAGUACCCUUUCUCCAUCUGCCCUUCGAGGAGGCUAUAGCAGGUGCUUUCUGGUGCUUCUCAGCCUUCUUGGGUGUUGGGAUAGUUGAUGUCUAUAUAUAGUUUCCUCUUCCUGUGCUCAGUGGUUGUGAUUCCAGCCUUUGGUCACUUUUUAAGCUAAUCAGAAACUGAAUUAUUUAAUGCUUUCAAAAUCCAAGAUGAUCCUUCUGUGAUGGACAGAUGGGAAAUAAACCCCAGAGAGUCCAAGUCCUGAGACUAACCCUGAAAAGGUAAGACCAGCCCUAUUUCCAUCAAGAUAAGAGAUUGUGGGUAUAACAGAAAGUGCCACAGAUACUUGGAGUUAAUUACUUGUUGAUUGUCCUGUGAUUUCUCCUUUGUGCAGAUGGUGAAUGUUACAUCCCAUUCCCCAGAGUGGCAGGUUCCAGCUCAGUGCCUGAGCCUGGCUCUGGCAAACCUGCAUGACUUCAAGGGCUGUGCUGCUUUGGGGUAGAUGCUGAUGCACAUCCUAGUGCUUUGCUGGAUAAGGCACCCCAUGGUUUUCCAGAUGUCCCUGUUUUCCCUCCACCUCAUGCUUAUUCUGCUGGAGAGAACAAUCAGCUUCUGCUCCCUCAGGUUUUGCACCAUCACUCUGACUUUGCUAAUUUACAAGCUUAGCCUUUUCUAAAUAGCUUAUGUGCUGGAAGUGGUUUUUGGGUGUCACUAAACUCAUGCCUUUUGUUUGGUGUAGCCUGUUCAAAGGUGGUGCCACCAUGCACUCCCCUUACAACAGGGAGUAGUGCACAGUGUGCAGCAGAGGCAGCGAUGUUCACCUGAGCUGAAUUCAUCCUGAGUAAAAACUGACAAAUCUUCUCUAAGUCAGUGGAGCUCUGCUUUUUAUACACAAAGCAAGCACAAACUAACUUUAAGCAUAAUUCCAUCUGCUUUUCCUACCUUGAGACUAAUCCCUGGCAUUAAAGAUCCUCCAGGUAGCUGAGCUGCAUCCGAAGGGUGACUCAUUGGUUUGAGUCAAAUACAGCUGCAGCUUGUGCUGCUGCAGGAGAUUAGAGGAAAAAGUGAAAAGCUGUUUGCUGUGAGAGCGUGUAACAAUCUUGUUCUGGUGUGGAUGCAGCAGAGGCAGGCAGUCUCCAGGUCUGUGUCCCACAGUUUGUGUGGCUCUGUGGUUCUGAAACAUCCACACAUGCUGCAAUUCCAGCACAGCAGCUCCUCCAAGGGCCAAGGGCUCAGUGAUGUGGUCUGGAAUUACAGGGCAGUUGCAGGGAAAUCUAGAAAUGCUCACUGUAAACUUCUGUUCUGUUACCUGUCCAGUAGAGAAAAAAUUGGUUAAAAGUUCUGCUCAGUGUUAACCUGGUAAAAACUACACUGAGCUAAGGGAGCUCCUGUGGGGACUGGCUCUGCUGAAAUGUGCCUCGAUGGCCUCCCAAACAAUAUCAGAAAGCUGGUGCCAGUGGGUUCUGUCUUCUCAGCUGUCUCUGUGAGGUUUUCCUAGUCCAGACAUCAAAAUUAAUCCUUUUAAGUAUUUUCACCAUUACCCCAGAAUAUGCUGGUCAUAGUCAGGGUACUUGCCUAUGGGUUCCAUUCCUAGUCCCCUGCCUUUUCUGGGAUUUCCUUGCAGGAGCUGAAGAAAUUGUGUUCAGAAAAAGUGAAUUCAAUGAACUUCUUUUGAUUUUGUUACUCUCCCAACUCUUGUCACCUCAGCCUAUCAAAGAAGCAAAAUGUUUUCAUUGCAGCCUGGAAGAAGUAAGGGGAUAUUGUUAAUUCCAGUUCUGUGUCCCUGGGGUGGGACAGCACUCAAAUACUGCCUCUGUUCAUGUCCCUGUACCAGCAUUUUUGUCCUCUUUCUCUCUGGGUUUGAAGUUGGAAGGAUGGAGAUGGUGUCUGGAGAUGGGAGAUGACCUCUGUGUUCCCACUGUAAAAGGUUACUGGCAGCUGGCUGAAUAACCAUCUCUUUUGUUUUCACAGGCUUCCUUUGCUGUGGUGCUGAGAAAUGGAGUGGAGAAAUGUGGUGCUGAGAAAUGCUCUGCACGGUGGGUUUGCAGUGCUGAGCCCCUGCAUCAUCGUGUGUCCUGUGUCACUCAGGGUGGUAGGUUCCCUCUUCCACAGGGAUGGAAACAGGUCAAUUAAAGCUUCAUUAAACCCUUUUGAAAUAUAACACUUCAGCAGUCUUUAAAAGAAGUCACGUAAUGCACUGUGCCAUGCUCUGCUUAACUCAAUUUUGGGUUCAUUUGAUGCAUUUAAUAUCCAGAACAAACUGGGGGAUCGGCUGGAAGUGAGGGAAAGCCCUGCAGAACCAACUUGGCACCUCUUCCGUGUGAGUGGAGGGCUGGAGGGCGGCUGCAGAGCGCUCCCAGCGCCGCCCGGCCGGUAUUGGUGCUGCAGCUGGUGUUGUGAAUCAGGCCGACGACAAGCGCUUCCUACAAUCCGGCUAUUUCACUACACCAGGGUUGCAUCAUACCACUCGCUUCUCUUCGCGCCUCUGGAGCCCUCCUGUGCCUUCCGGAGCAUCUCUGGCUGUGCUGUGUGUAACAGACCCCUCACUUAAGAGACUGAUUUGUGCUGGUUUGGGCGUAUCAGCGGUUUUGAUGAAACAGCGCGGUUCUAAAAUAAAGCCACUUCUGCUGGGUGUGAGUCUGCUGUGCAUCUGUGGUGAGAGGAAGCUGGUGUCCUCUCUGUGGAGGUUGUUGUGUGGGGUGCUGGGGUGAGGCUCUUUCCUCAUCCCUUGUCCUGCUCUCGGGGCUCCCAGGUGCUCUGCAGUGCUGCGAGGGCUGAGCACGGAUGCAGACCGGGCUGCCUGCCCUCAGCUUCCCCUGGCUUCUGAUCACGGCCCGUCUGCCCUCGCACAAACAAGGGGGCUGGAGCAAGUCCUCAAAAAUCAGGUCAAAAUUUGUGUGUGAAUGCAAAGACAGCCAGAGGCAGCAUGGCAGGCAGGCCCAAUUUUCCAUUAACUUGCAAAGCCACACGGAGCUGAAAUUCCAAUGGGCUGCCCUCGAGUUUUAUUGCUGGCCUUGUUUGCUGUCUUUGCUGAUCUUAUCUGUAACUGCUUUCGUGGCACAUGUGACAGGGGCUGCGGGAGUGUAAGGGGCGCCCAUCCCUCCCCCUGUCCUCCCCUCCUGUGGCUGUGGGGUUACGGCCACACAGCUUCAGCUGUGUUUUGUGUGAUGGAGCAAGGGUUUAAGUGGCUUAUUAACUCAGGGAUGGGACUGGGAGCGGUUCUGAGCCCUGGCAGCUCAGUGGUACCCUGGGUCUGGAGGGGAAGGGGGCUGUGGGACCAGGGGCAUCUCUGCUGCCUGGUACUGAGAGCUGCCAGCUCCCGGCCCUGGACAAGCACAGACAGACUUAGACCACUCUGUGCACCCUGUCUUCUCCAGCAGCCUGGAAUCCGAGCCCCAGCAGGGGCAUCCCUCAGGUCCCUUGAUGUUACGCUCCCCCCUUCCCCCUGGUUUCACUGAGAUAAAGGCAGCAUUCCCCUCCCCACAUCCGGCCCAGCUCAAUGCCACAGGCAGCAUCCUGGAGACCAGCCAAGAUGAUUUAUGAGAUCUGACGGGUCUGGGGCAGUAUCCCAGGGAAGGGCGAGGGUGCGUGGGAGUCUUGCUCCCUUUUUCCAUAAUAAAUCCCUGUGAACUGAAUGUUCCUGGGCUGGGGCCGGAGGCAAACUCAGCGCUGCAUUUCUCUGCUGAUCUGUCCUUGGGACUUAAUCUCAAAUCCGUUAUCGCUGCCCCAAUCAAGUGCUGGGAGGCAGUGAUGCCCAUUAUGGUGGUUUUGGUAUCCCUUCCAGCUAUUUUUUUCCCCCUGACCAGCUCGGGGUGGUUCAAGCUGAUUCCUUUCCUCUAUUAGCAUCGGUGGUGGGUGUGUGCCGGUCACCUCGCUCCGGUUUUGCGGGGUAUAAAGCCAGCAAGCCCCUCUCCACCCUGUCCCCCACCUGGCAGGCUCCUGGGCAGGGGCAAUGGCUGAGCUGCCCACCCCAGAUCUGCCCCCGGCCCGCUGCAGCGGCCGCUUCACCAUCAGCACCCUCCUGGGCAUGGAGGAGGGGGGCCGGGGGCCCUACACACCCACCGAGGGGUCCAGCUGCGACAGCGCCCAGCCCACCCACCUGUCCAGCAGCACCCUCUGCACCAGGACCUUCGGCUACAACACGGUGGAUGUGGUGCCAGCCUACGAGCACUACGCCAACAGCAAGGGGGUGGGCGACCCCAGGAGGGGCAGGCCCUCGCUGGCUGACCUGCACUCCAUCCUCAAGGUAACAGAGGGCUUGGCUGUGCCCAUAGCAUCUCUGGCAUCCCCUGGCCAUGCUGCUGGUCCCUGCGAAGUGUCUGCUGGGCUGGAGGAGGCAGAAGGGGAACCAGGCAGAGACUCCGUGCCAGAACCUGUCCGCUUUGGAUGGGUGAAGGGCGUCAUGAUUCGCUGCAUGCUGAACAUCUGGGGAGUUAUCCUCUACUUGCGCUUGCCCUGGAUCACUGCCCAGGCAGGAAUCGCCCUGACAUGGCUCAUCAUCCUCAUGUCUGUGACAGUGACCACCAUAACCGGCUUGUCCAUCUCUGCCAUAUCCACCAAUGGCAAAGUGAAGUCAGGAGGCACCUACUUCCUCAUCUCGCGGAGCCUCGGGCCGGAGCUGGGCGGCUCCAUCGGGCUGAUCUUUGCCUUUGCAAACGCAGUGGCUGUGGCCAUGCACACAGUGGGCUUUGCUGAAACUGUCCGGGACCUGCUGCAGGAGCACAAUUCCCUCAUCGUGGACCCCACCAAUGACAUCCGAAUCAUUGGGGUCAUCACUGUGACAGUGCUGCUGGGCAUCUCCCUGGCUGGCAUGGAAUGGGAGGCCAAGGCACAAAUCCUGUUCUUCCUGGUCAUCUUGGUUUCCUUCAUUAACUACCUGGUGGGGACAGUGAUCCCAGCUACUGCUGAGAAGCAAGCAAAGGGUUUCUUCAGCUACCGAGCUGAUAUCUUUGCUCAGAACUUUGUGCCAAACUGGCGUGGACCUGAGGGCUCCUUCUUUGGCUUGUUUUCCAUCUUCUUCCCAUCUGCAACCGGUAUCCUGGCUGGGGCCAAUAUUUCAGGUGACCUGAAGGAUCCUGCCGUGGCCAUCCCCAAGGGCACCUUGAUGGCCAUCUUCUGGACCACUAUGUCCUACCUGGUGCUUUCUGCUACCAUUGGUGCCUGUGUGGUCCGAGAUGCCUCAGGCAGCCUGAACGACAGCGUGGCCGUGGGCUCGCCGGGCUGUGAGGGACUGGCCUGCAGCUUCGGCUGGAACUUCACCGCCUGCACCCAGCAGCAGAGCUGCCGGUAUGGGCUCAGCAACUACUACCAGAGCAUGAGCAUGGUGUCUGGAUUUGGCCCCCUCAUUACAGCAGGGAUCUUUGGUGCUACCCUCUCCUCAGCAUUGGCCUGCCUUGUCUCAGCCCCCAAAGUCUUCCAGUGUCUCUGCAAGGACCAGCUCUAUCCUCUCAUCGGCUUCUUUGGGAAGGGCUAUGGGAGGAACAGCGAGCCCAUCCGUGGCUACAUGCUCACCUACGUCAUUGCUGUUGGCUUUAUCCUCAUCGCUGAGCUCAAUGCCAUCGCCCCCAUCAUCUCCAACUUCUUCCUCUGCUCCUACGCCCUCAUCAACUUCAGCUGCUUCCACGCCUCCAUCACCAACUCCCCAGGCUGGCGACCCUCCUUUCGGUAUUACAGCAAGUGGGCUGCACUCUUUGGAGCUGUUGUCUCAGUGGUCAUCAUGUUCCUGCUGACCUGGUGGGCAGCCCUCAUUGCCUUCGGGAUCGUCAUCUUCCUCCUGGGAUAUGUCCUCUACAAAAAGCCAGAUGUCAACUGGGGCUCCUCCAUGCAAGCCAGCUCCUACAACAUGGCCCUCAACUACUCAGUGGGGCUGAGUGAAGUGGAUGAGCACAUCAAGAACUACAGACCGCAGUGUCUGGUGCUGACUGGCCCACCCAACUUCCGCCCGGCUCUGGUGGAUUUUGUGGGGACCUUCACCAAGAACCUCAGCCUGAUGCUCUGUGGCAACGUGCUGAUUGGACCACAGAAGCAGAAGAUGCCAGAGUCCCGUCUGAUGGCAGAUGGCCACACUAAGUGGCUAAUGAAGAGGAAAAUCAAGGCUUUCUACACGGAUGUGGUGGCUGAGGAUUUGAGAAGUGGUGUCCAAAUGCUCAUCCAGGCUGCUGGCCUUGGGAAGAUGAGACCUAACAUCCUAGUGCUGGGCUACAAGAGGAACUGGCGGACGGCAUCUCCACAGAGCCUGGAGGACUACGUGGGCAUCCUGCACGACGCGUUCGAUUUCAAGUACGGCGUGUGCUUAAUGCGGAUGAAGGAAGGGCUGAAUGUUUCCCGGGUGCUGCAGGCACAUGUUAACCCCACGUUUGAGGCAGCAGAGCACCCUGAGAAUGGCACUGGCAGCAGAGCAGCCCCAGGCACAGCAGUGGACCCCACCACGUUGGCCAGCGAGCAGCAGGCGAGCACCAUCUUCCAGAGCAAGCAGGGCAACAAGACCAUUGACAUUUACUGGCUCUUUGAUGAUGGAGGUCUCACGCUGCUCAUCCCCUACCUGCUGGGGCGCAAGAAGCGGUGGGGAAAGUGCAAAACUCGGGUGUUUGUCGGCGGGCAGAUCAACAGGAUGGACGAGGAGAGGAAGGCGAUUGUCUCUCUGCUGAGCAAGUUCCGCCUCGGCUUCCAUGAGGUCCACAUCCUCCCUGACAUCAACCAGAAACCCCGGCCAGAGCACAUCAAGAGAUUUGAUGACCUCAUCGCUCCCUUCAGGCUGAACGAUGGCUUCAAAGACGAGGCCACAGUGAAUGAGAUGAGACAGGGCUGUCCCUGGAAGAUUUCUGAUGAGGAGGUUGAUAAAAACAGAGCCAAGUCGCUCCGACAAGUGAGGCUGAAUGAGAUUUUGCUGGAUUACUCACGGGAUGCAGCACUCAUAGCCAUCACUCCGCCCAUCGGCAGGAAGGGCCGCUGCCCCAGCGCCCUCUACAUGGCCUGGCUCGAGACCCUCUCCCAGGACCUCAGACCCCCCGUCAUCCUCACACGGGGAAACCAAGAGAACGUCUUGACCUUUUACUGCCAAUAAAACCUCCUGCA